AUGGAGAAUCAUUACUCUUCGCAUCCCAAUUCGCGUGAUUCCUCACCUACCUCUCGCGAAUUCCUCGAAAAUGAUCACCGUUCGUCGUUCGAUGAACCACCUCCUUCCAACACCAAGAGAGUCAAGCUCAUCUGUAGCUUCGGUGGAAAAAUUCAACCGAGGCUUCAUGACGGUCACCUUUCGUACAUCGGAGGUGAUACCAAAAUCCUCGCCGUCGAUCGUAACGUCAAAUUAUCGAACCUCAUUGGUAAGCUCACUGCUAUGGCUGAUUCUGAUGUCUGUUUCAAAUAUCAACUCCCUGGUGAAGAUCUCGAUGCUUUGAUCUCGGUAUGCAAUGAAGACGAUCUCGAUUAUAUGAUGAUCGAGUACGAUCGUAUGUGUCGCGCUUCACCUAAGCCUGCAAGGUUGAGGAUCUUCCUCUUUCCUUCCCCAUUCAAGAACCACAGCAGCAAUGCAUCUUUCGAUUCUACCAAUUCUGCAAUGAAUGUCGCCGCUGCGGAGGAUUCCAAAUCGGUAGGUAAGUGGUUCGUCGACGCUCUCAAUUCCGUUUCCGUUCCGGCGAUGGAAAAUUCUUUUCCACCUCCUCCGCCGCCAGAGAUGAAUCCUGAUUAUCUGUUUGGAUUGGAUAAACCGUAUUCUCCAUCUCCCGAGACGAAACAGUCAGAAAUCCCGGAGAAUGUUCCGGAUUUCGCCGUGAAGGAUACGGAAUGUGAGUCCGAGAGGGUUAAAGAAACCGAGAUUCAGGUAAUUAAGAGAAUGCAGACUGUGAGUGAUCAACAGCAAAUGAAUUUUAAUGGAGAAAACGGCAGAGUUAACGGCUGUGUUGUUUCCUCUCAGGAGAACACGGAAACCGUCAUGCCUUUGGUUACUACUCCACCUGUUCAAGCUGUGAAUGAUGAACAGCAAAUGAAUUCUGACGGAGAAAACGGCAGAGUUAACGGCGGUGUUGACAGUUACUCUCAGGAAAACACUGAAAAUGAGAUGCCGUCAGUUACUACUCCACCUGUUGAAGCUGUCAAUGAUGAACAGCAAAUGAAUUAUGACGGAGAAUACGGCGGAGUUAACGGUUAUGCUGACUGUUACACUCAGGAAAACACGGAAACCGAGAUGCCGUUAGUUACAGCUGUACCUGUUCAAGCUCCGCCUCCGUUUCAUUCCGGUUCGGUUCAAUUUCAAGCUCCUGGACCGGCUUCGGUUCAGUCAGCAUUUUCUCCUAUGAUCCCGAAUGUGGUUUGUGCUUACUCGACGGGAUAUCCCAGUGAACCAAUACCGGUUUAUCUGAUUCAAACACGUUCAGGAUUGUACCAAGCUGUGAGGCCAGUCAUUGGACCAACCGGUCAACCGGUUUAUUUUGCAUAUACACAGAUUGGGAACGAGUUUGGUUACAAUGGAUUAGAGGUGCCUGGCAUGGUUUCCGAGCGUGGCUAUUCGAAUGGUUCGUAUCGGCCAGCUUUUCCAUCUCAGGCGGCGGUUGCCGGUGUUGACAGCUGGAAUUGA